AUGAGCGGGGAACAACACAGCAUCGUGGUCGAUGGUGUCAACGGCCCUUGGCAGCAAGUAAUAAAUGUUGGACAUUUUCUCCGCUAUUCGCGCGGACUUUAUGAGCUUAUCGAGGCCGACAUUCAGCGAGGACAAGGAGAAACCCAAAUUGCGGUCCCGCCAACACUCACCCGCAGUACGAUGGAGCGGCUCAUAAGGUGGAUCGACCGGGGCGUGCCGCAUCGAGAUGAAUUGACAUUCCUCGAGCUUUUGCGACUGAGCACUGCAGUAUGGCAUUACAAAUGCGAUCCUGGGCUUUUCGCAAGGCUGGCAUCGAUUAGGCGGGAGCAAAUCGUACCGCAAAGCGACCUGGGGGUGGAAGCCGCGGGGUGGACAUUCAUAGCACUGGUAUUCGGCUGGCGAGGGGACUUCGAAGACGCGUCGAGGCAGUUGAUCUGUGCGUUUACGAUAAUUGAUUUUGUCGACGGUGUUCCUUACUUCCCUGCAAGGCUCAGAGACGCAAUAGUCGCCGCAAGAAGAAGGUUGCUUCGAAGCACAUUCAGGUUCAUCAAGAACGAUGUGAUGAAAUACUUGAGGCGCGGCGUCUCAUUCAACCACAUCAGCCAAAGCCUCCAUGACAAAGGAAUUGACAUAACCUUGACUGAGAGCGAGUUCGUUCAGGGAGAGAACAACACGACGAACCUUUGCCCAGUACGGAUGUUAGAUAUCUUGGAGGAGGUGGCACUAGAUAGACCGCAGGAAGGCCAACCCCUAGAGUCGAUCCCGGCAACCGAGCCAGCCAGUGGAUCUUCCACUUCUGGGUCUGGCAGAGAGACGCGCCAGUCCACUGUCUCCGAUUCAAGCGGAGGUGCAACAAUAUUGACCCUUAGGGGCGACUCGGGCGUAAAUGAAGGGUCCAUAAGACGUUUCGUGUCAAGCUACUUGUCCCGGAAGAGACCCAAAGAAAGGGAGCGCAAACAGUCGUCUUUCUGGACGCGAGACGACGUCGGAAUAUUCGAGACGAUAACCGCCGAGCUUCGGGGACGGAUAGAGUCGCGCAGGUUAGAGCUUUUUGGUGGAUGUGGACUUGACAUCAUCGGAUUCCAGGAUCUCAGGCGGGAACGACUGCUACUAGUUCAAGCGCAGGGAACUGCAUAA